UCUCAGUUUUUGUGAAUAAAAUCGCAGUGAGAGAUGGGCUGCGCCGGUUUCACCUGCUCCAAGAAUUCCCUCUGUGUCCUCAACAUCCUCUAUGUGAUGGUGAGUAUACUGAUGAUCGGCAUUGCUGCGUGGGGAAAGUGGUUUGGCCUGGUCUCCAGUUUCCAGGUGGUAGGUGGCAUCAUCGGUGUGGGGGUGUUCCUGUUCCUUGUUGCUUUGGCCGGACUCAUUGGAGCAAUCAAGCACCACCAAGUUCUUCUCUUCUUUUACAUGAUCAUCCUGUUCCUAGUCUUUGUGGUCCAGUUCGCUGUAUCCAGUGCGUGCCUAGCCAUCAACAAAGAGCAGCAGAAUCAGCUGUUGGAGGUGGGCUGGAACAACUCUCAGACUACACAGAAGGAUGUGGAGAAGAGCCUGAACUGCUGUGGAUUCAACCACAUGGAUGUCAAUGGCACCUGUCCUGCUGCCUGUUUUACUCAUCUCACAUGUGAGACCUGUGCAGCGAAGAUCCAGGAGCAUGCAGAGGAGGUGCUGCGUUUCGUCGGAGGAAUUGGUCUUUUUUUUAGCUUUACUGAGAUCCUGGGCGUAUGGCUAACAUACAGAUACAGAAACCAGAAAGAUCCUCGAGCAAAUCCCAGUGCUUUUCUGUAACCCCAGCAUGGCAAACAUGGUGACAUCCGGUUAGCCAUCCUGUCACUCUGCACUCCUUUAAUCACUGGACUUCUCUCCGGAGCUGUGGACACCAAAAAUCGUGUGUGUUUGCUUUUCCUGAGUGGAGAUCAGUGUUCGUUCUCACUGCUGCCAUUCUGGGCUCAUCGUGUGAAGCGUGUAGUUUACUGAUGCGAAAGCAAAUGCUGUAAAUGUAACGAUGCUUUAUUUCUGUUUGAACAUGUUUUGUACUGGAAUCACUGGAUUGUUAGUAGUUAAUAGUUUCAUUAAGGUUAUACAUCGCCCUGAAAAUGUAUUCAGCCUCUAAACCUAAAGAACCAAAUUAAAAGUGUACCUACUAAAGUAUUCACCCCUCUUGUUUAGUAAAGCCAAAGAUUCCUAAUUCAUGCUGUGGAAAUUGAUGGCACAGCUUCCAUCCUUUCCUAGUAACAAACAUCUUUACAUUUUGCUGGUUUAGUUCAGAAGCAACACUAAUUUUCAGCGCCCACCACAGCUGGAUAGGGGUUAUCGGGACUCUGGGUCACUAGAGGAAUCUUUUUUAAGCCUUUUAGUAAAAUUUGUUUGGGUGUUUUCCCAAAAGUUGAAGUGGUACCUCAAUUGUUAAGGUACAAAACCAUUAUGAAUGAAAAUGUUCAAAUCCCACCGCUGAUAAAUGCCACUGUUGGGCCCCUAAGUAAGGUUCCCAACCCUGGAUGGCCUGUAUUGUAUCAGUCACUAUUAUAAGCUGCUUUGAUUAAAAAGCUUCUGCUAAAUUACAUUAAAGUAAAAACAAGCAUGCUUUACUGUGCACUAUACAUUUUAAAUUCAGACCUGAGCUGCCUUCCAGUCCCUGCUGCUGAAAAGCACCUCCAUGGUUUUACCUCCAAUAGUCUCUGCACUGGAAGCUAUGAUUGGCCCGAUUUCACUAUGUGACUAUCAUAAAAAUUGCAUUUUAAUCCUCUCUAAAGAUCUACAGAUUAAAUGUUGAUCAAUAAAAUAAAUCACAUAAACCCACUAAAUAAACUGCUGUCUGUGGUAAAACGACUCUUGGUGCCACUCUGGGUCUCGCUUUUUGGCCACUAGGAAUCGAAGGAUUUACCUGACCAGCUUAGGUGUUACCUUGCUGCUGUUUGUUGUUAGAUAUACACCGUACAUAGGAUUAGAAGUCUCAUCAGACUGCAAGACCCUUCUGCCUGUUCAUUGAAGAAGCAUUUUUUUCAGUGAAGUCUUUUUAUAAAGACUUGUUUGUGUAAAGGCACUCGGGUGGCACACCAGUAAACUAAGCUAGCCCAUUAUUGCUGGCAUCCAAGGUUCGAAUUCUCAGCGGUGCUGUUGGGUGGGAUGGCCGAGGCUCUGUGAUGGGUUGGUGUCUUAUUUACUUCAAUCUAGCAGGUUACUCUGUCAGUGUAGAAAUGUGCCACUGGCUGAUAGAAAGGCCCAGGUGGACGUGUGUCGAAGGGGACGUGGAUGGAUGUCAGGUUUACCCAUGGGCGAUGAAUUGGACAAGUCUAUAUAAAAAUGUUGCGGUGCUGAAUACAUUUUCAAGGCACAGUAAAAACUGUCCAAAAAAUGACCAAAUGUGAAGGAAAAAUAUCUGCUGACUUGAUGGAUGCAAUAAGUGAUUAUGCCUUUAUAUUAAUGCUUAUUUGUAUUAAUAAUCUGCUUGAGAAAAAUUGUAUUGUUUUUGCUGGUAUAUCAAAUAAUGCAAAAAAAGUCUUUAGGUGCAUUUAUUAUCCUAACAACCAAAUAAUUUGAUAUAAAAAAAAAUGUUUAACGAUUCUGCCACUUUGACCUGACAUUUUGUGCACUGUUUAAUCUAUUACGCCUGUAAAUGUGUUUGUGUGUGUUUUUUGGUCUUUUGCAUGAAUUCCUAGCUCCAGUGUGCAUCAUUAUCCUCUGGUUCUGUGAACUAUGCACUCCCACAUUAUAAAUAAAGAUGGAAUC